AUGGCUCGAAUCGGUUACUACAGUGCGCAGGCCCUCGUCAUCGGUAUGGCAUACUUGUUAAUCGAGUACAUCAAGAAGAAGAACGACACAACUCCAUUGCGCUAUGUGAACCAGCCAAAGCCUAGCUUGAGUGGACAGGGUAGCACACAACCUGAAACUGUGGAGACCACCAACAAGGAUUACGAUAUCAGCCAAGUGAAGCAAUUCAUUCAGUCCACGGCUACAUCUAUUGCCAUGAUCUCCCUGAUGCACUGGCAAUUUAAGUUCACUCAGCCUUUGCUCUUGCAAUCCAUUCUCCCCGUGAAGAAUUUGCUGACACACAAGGUUGCCUUGAUUCACUUGUGGGGCGAUGCUCCCGAAGGUCCUCUCAAGAGACCUUUUGUUGCUGAAUCACCUUUCGGUGCUUUGUUCGGCGGUGCCGGUAACAACGCUGUUGCUGACUCUUCUGCUACCAACACUCAGGAUGCUGAUAAAAGCAAGAAGGAUUAA